UCCGGUGCGGGGCGGCCGGGCGGGGGCGGCGGAGCGGGUGCAGCGCAGCGGAGCCGGCGGGAUGGAGCGGCCCGAGCGGGCUGCGGCGGCGCUGGGAGCUCAGCCCCGCGCCAACGGCUGCAGCGGCGCCGCCCACGGUGGCCUCCGCAACGGCUACGUGCGCGGCCUGCCCGCGCCCGACACCCAGAUAAAUCAUAUUGUGCACAAUGGAGGAUUAUACAAAAGGCCUUUCAAUGAAGCUUUCGAAGAAACACCAAUGCUGGUUGCUGUGCUGACCUACGUAGGCUAUGGUGUUCUCACUCUCUUUGGAUAUCUGCGAGAUUUCAUGCGGCAGUGGAAGAUUGAGAAGUGUCAAAAUGCAACAGAAAGAGAAGAACAAAAGGACUUUGUCCCAUUGUACCAGGACUUUGAAAACUUCUACAACAGAAACCUCUACAUGCGGAUUCGGGACAGCUGGAACCGUCCAAUCUGCAGUGUGCCAGGGGCCAAAGUGGACAUGAUGGAGAGAGUUUCUCAUGACUAUAACUGGACAUUCACGUACACGGGGAGAGUGAUAAAGGGCAUUAUUAAUAUGGGUUCCUACAACUACCUUGGAUUUGCACAAAAGGCUGGGACUUGCCAAGAAGCAGCAUCUAAAGUUCUGUCCCAGUAUGGAGCUGGAGUGUGCAGCACUAGGCAGGAGAUGGGAAACUUGGACAAACAUGAGGAGCUGGAAAAGCUAGUUGCCAGGUUUCUAGGUGUGGAAUCUGCAAUGGCGUAUGGAAUGGGGUUUGCAACCAACUCUAUGAACAUUCCUGCUUUAGUUGGCAAGGGCUGUUUGAUUUUGAGUGAUGAACUGAAUCAUGCAUCACUAGUGCUUGGAGCAAGACUGUCAGGAGCAACUAUUCGAAUCUUUAAGCACAACAAUAUGCAAAGCCUGGAGAAGCUGCUCAAAGAUGCUAUUGUGCAUGGGCAACCUCGUACACGGAGGCCCUGGAAAAAAAUUCUUAUCUUGGUGGAAGGAAUAUACAGUAUGGAGGGAUCCAUAGUCCGUUUGCCUGAAGUGAUUGCCCUUAAGAAGAAAUACAAGUCCUAUCUGUACCUUGAUGAGGCUCAUAGUAUAGGUGCCCUGGGUCCCAGUGGCCGGGGUGUGGUGGAGUACUUUGGACUCAGUCCUGAAGAUGUAGAUGUUAUGAUGGGAACAUUCACCAAAAGCUUUGGAGCUGCUGGAGGAUACAUUGGGGGCAAGAAGGAACUGAUUGAUUACCUCAGGACAUACUCUCACAGUGCUGCGUAUGCAUCAUCAAUGUCACCUCCCGUCGUGGAGCAAAUCAUCACCUCUGUGAAAUGCAUUAUGGGUGAAGAUGGUACGACUGUUGGGAGAGCUCGUGUGCAGCAGCUAGCAGAGAACACGAGAUACUUCAGGAGACGACUGAAAGAGAUGGGCUUUAUUAUCUACGGAAAUGAAGAUUCUCCUGUCGUGCCUCUGAUGCUGUACAUGCCAGCAAAAAUUGGUGCGUUUGGGCGUGAGAUGCUGAAGCGGAACAUCGGUGUUGUGGUUGUGGGUUUCCCUGCCACCCCCAUCAUCGAGUCCAGAGCCAGGUUCUGUUUGUCUGCAGCUCAUACCAAAGAGAUGCUUGAUACAGCUUUAAAAGAAAUUGAUGAAGUUGGGGACCUUUUGCAACUGAAGUAUUCCCGUCACCGUUUGGUACCUCUCUUGGACCGGCCAUUUGACGAGACAACAUAUGAAGAAACAGAAGACUGAACUCCCUCUGUGUGCCUUGGUGGGAGGGACACACCCCAUGGGACACUCCGUGGCAUGCAGGCCACAGCAUCCGUGAACAACACACUUACGACUGCUUAGCAUAAAAGACAUUUUCUCACAAUACUGAGGUGGUCACAUCAGCUCUAAAUGGCAUUUUGUAAAUAGGGAGAGGAGGUAAAAAAAGCUUUGAUUCCUGUGUCUUUAGGGUCUGGCCCUAGAGGUGCUUGGCUUUAUUUUUUUUUCUUGUUGCCUUUUUUUAUUUAUUUGUCUCAAUUUGUUCACAGCAACCCAAAUUGGCUGUGGCUGAUCGGCUCAGACUUUGUAUGCACCAUCAGGCUCCCCAAAUGCUGGCUGAGAUGUUGUGAGCAUGUGUGACGCUGGCAUGGCAGCACUUCCAGUGUCACUGCUAGGUGUCUGACCUUCCCAAUAAGGAAUGAGCUGACCUGGCUAUUCUUGGAGACUUCCUAGAGAAACUGUUGAUUGCUAACUUUGACAUAUUUAACAAAAUGGAUAAUCAACCAAAGUUGUUUGUUUUUUCCUUUUUUUUUUUUCUUUUGCAGUUACUUGUGUUUAAAACUUGAAUUUAGCCUUUUUAAAAUAAAUGUGUUGUUGACAUGUCACUGACAGGACCAUUGUUCCCAAACAUUAUUUAGUUUUGUAAGCCAUGGGCAGAAGGACUUCUGGCACUCUAGCCUCUUUUCCUUCCCAGUAUGGAUACCAGAUUGUCUCCUGGCUUUGACACUAAUUGUUCUUGAUAUAGGGUAAGUGAUGGACAGGGGUUUUGUUGUUUUUUUGUUUUUUUUUUAAUGGGUAGUGGUUUUGUCUUCCUUUUGACAUACUUCUUUCCCUCCCCCCCCCCCCCCCCCCCUUUUUUUUUAAACAGAACAAGGUGGUUUUAGUGUGUGUUGCUUUCUCAUCUUCAGGUUAAUUUCUCUUGGUUUAGAAUUACCAUAAAACCGUGAACAAGUCACUGCUAGGUUCUAGAAGGGUGCUCUUGCUAUUAAGUAAACUAUAGUAAGCCUUGUGCUUUUUGUUAAGACCAGAACUCCUAGUAGGCCUAUACGAUGGAUGACUGUUAGGAGAACCACUUAUUUCAUGGAGAUCUGUGAAAGACUGAUUGCUACCCUCUGCCACGCUGAUUCACUGUUUCUUGGCGUAAUAUGAGGUGUUCUUCAUUGGUUUUGUUGCGCAAGGCUUUUAUGCAAAGAUUAUAGACAGCUUGGGUCUUUUAUCGUACGUUACAUUCGGCUAGCCAGCAAAGUCUGUUAGCUGUGUGUCUGUAUAGGCCUUCCCUGAAGAGAGAAUGUCCUCACAAUUGCAUUUACUUUGUCAUCUUAUUUCUUUUGCAUUUCUGUUACUGUGAGAUCAAAUUAAUGUUCACUGAGGCAUUUGCUGUUUGGAACCUUUAUUUGCAAGUUCCACGCUGUCUUACUCUAAUCAAAGUUUAAAAUAGACACCUUUGCUCUAGCACACCUUAGAGGUGGUCUGCUACUUAGUCAUUGCAUCUAGAAUUCUUUCAGUGAACAGAAUGGAUCAUUGAAGAGGUACCAACAAUUUUUUAACAGGAGUCAGUUACAGUAUAGCUUGUUUCUGUAUUUUACACCUUCGACACGUAGUAUUUUUGCAAAGAGAGUAGAGCUUUAACAUCGUGUCACUUGGGUUGGUCCACCUCUUCCGUUUGAGUUAGCAUGAUGCUUUUUGCAGGUGAGUGGAGUUUUUUAAAGAACUUCAUCGUAACACCAAAGCAGAGUGCAUCUCAAAGCUAUUUGCCUGGUGCUGCAAAAAAAUUAAUUUUAAAUUGUUAUGUUCGCUCUGCAGCUAACGGGGAAGGAGCACUUUGCUCGCUAGAACCAAGCAAUUCUGCAAAUACAUCUGGUGACUUAAAGCAGAACUGGCCCCUAUUUUAUAGUAUAUCUAUCUUUAUGCUUUUAUAGAUCUUGUUCCAUUUUAAUGUAAUGGAACUUCAAAACACUGAUUCAGUGUUUUACCAUUGCAUUUCAGAAGUUUAAUUAGAUGAGAAGAACUAAAACUGACUGUUUGAAAAUAGAUCCAGAUAAUUGUUUCUGUCUUAGUCCACUAAUGUCAAUUUGCUUGCCUUCUGGAGCAAAGUGUGUGGACAGUCCAAGAAGUCUGUAACUUGUAUGUGCAACUCUGAUGGCUAUGGAGUAGUCUCAUUUGUUCAGCCACAGAGCGAGUAAACUGCAAUUGCACCAACUUACUUUCUCGCCUGUGUUCUGCCCAGGACUAGCUCUGCCAUUGCAGAAGAUGACCUGCUUUCUGACUUCAAGAAGCUUUACCUCAAAGAAUUUCUGCUUCCUUUUUUUUUUUUUUUUUUUUCCCUUUCUGGAUUGUAGUAAGGAACAAGAAGUGGUUAGUGCAGAAGCCCUGACUCCAGCCCAGGUCCUGUUGAUUUGAUCACAAGACAAAACCAACCAGCUUCAAGGCAUAGGCAUGGGUCAGUAGGGAGCUAUUCUGAGCAUUUCCAGGUGUAGAUGUACAGUGUGCUUGUGUCUGUUGUAUACUCAAGUCAGUUUGAAAACUGUGAUGUAUUAAGUUAGGAGUGGGUUGUCAUAGAUUCUACAAGUCUUGAGUCUUAAUCUUGCCUCUGGGAUUGGGUUUUAGGGCAUCUUGUCUUUAACAGGGAGAAGAACAUCUGGAUAAAUCUCAGUAAUUCAGAUAACUCCUGUAUAACACUUCUGAAAUUGUCAGUGUUUUAAGAUUACUGGUCCCUAUUGGGAUUCCAGUUGCACUUGUUGAGGAAAUUGUGUUCAUGCUAUACUUCUGCCGUUUAGUGUCUUUCUGCUGUCACGAUGUCUGCAUAUGACUUUUGAAUUCUGAGUUGUAAAGACAUUUCAGAGAUCUUUCAGGCAGUUAGUAGCAUUUGCAAACUGCUUGGUUGCAUUUCAGCCAUAUUCUUUUUCAGAAGCAACUUCUUCCCUUCUUUUAUUCAGGGGAACCUGAUUUGCCAAAGUCUGGUACCUGAUGAAAACUGCUUCUGAAAAAGUAAGAAGCUACAAGUCCAAGAUUUCGCGCUUUUAAGUCGCUAAUUCACCGAGCAUGAAAGCCAGGAAAAUCUUGCAUCUACUAAAAAAAGUUGCUCCCGCAACCAAAGGAGCAGCCCACUGUUGGUUUGUACUAGGCAAACCUACAGCAUGUAUGCUGUCCUGCUAUGUGUAGAAUGUACUGCUGCUUUGAUAUUCAUGUAUUGACCAGAAAUCUGUCUCCUGUUUUUUAUCCUGGCAGUAGAAGUGAACGAAAGAACCAAUCUUGAGAGAUCACAAAGGAAGAAAGACUGCUUAAGAAACAGACUUCAGUCCCUGCCAACUUUUCUGAGACGUUCUAAUUGAAAAUGACUCCUGGUAUUUCUUAGGAGAUGCAAAAUUCAAAAGAAAAUGAAGGCUGCUUUUGAACAAAGGAUUUUGCUCUGUACUGUACGUUGGCUAAACUUAGUCAUAAAUAUACAACAGUUACCUUCCCAGUACCUCUCUGAAGAACUUAGCAAGCAAGAUUUUGCAUCUGCUGAGCAAAGAGUUUAGAAUCAUUACAGUUUUUAAGGCUGAUGGCCAUGUUCUUUUACUCUUCAGAACAUUGAGGGGCUCCUAUUACCGAGCAUCAGCAGAGAGUGAGAGAUCUGCUUCUUGUUAGAAACUGGCCUUCCCAAGUAGACCUUUGUUUUAAGGAGCCUGAUUCAUAAUUCUUUAGUUCUGUGGUAGAGAAGAAACCAAGGGGGUUUUGUGUCAAAAUAUUCAGGGCUUGCUUUUUUUUAUUACACAAGACACGGACUCCUGUACAGUGUCUGUGUGUGUGUGUAUAUAUAUCUAUAUGGUAUAUUUAACUCUUUAAUUUCUAUAAUUUUUUUUCCCUUUUAAGUAGCAUACUUAAAGAGCUGUUCUGGUUCUUGGGUUACUGGUGUAGCACACUUCUGCUUUAGGCAAAGACUCAGGAGUGAAUUGACCGAACAUCUUACUGUGAUGAAGUCAUUCAGUGAAGGAAUUGCAUUAUCUGUCUUCCUCAUGCUCUUUCCUCUAAGAGUGGAGAAGUGGUACCCUCUGUCAGAGCUGCACAUUCACACAGAGCAGGAAAGGGAAUUGUGCCUGUGAAAUCAGUGACCCGGCUCUGUACUGUGUGGAUGAAGGACCAAUACAACAGAGGUGGAGGAAAGGGGCAGGCAGUCAUCACUUACUCUCAGCUAUAUGGGGAUCUCUCAUGUGUACUUAACUUGAACAAGCAUCCGUAAGACAGAAACUUAACUUCCAGUGCCCAAAGGGACACUCUAAAACCUUUCCACACCAAGUAAAUACUUCCUCUCCUGUGCAAAUUUUAAUUUCUUACUGAAAGGAAACCUCUGCAAAGUACUUGGCUUACAGCUGUUUGCUGGUCCAGAAUCCAUUCAGGCAGAUCAUAGGAAAGGUUGGAGGAAAGCUGUGAGCAUGAGCGCAGUUUCAUUUAAGAGAACACCUUGCAGCAUCGGAUCUGGAAUGCUAUGCGUGAGCUGCAUCAGAGGGAAGGAAAAUUGUGGAGAUUUAUUCCAACAUACAAUGAUCAGUCAAAAUUUAUACAGUUUAUAUGUACAGUUUAUAUAUUUUUUUUACAGUUUAUACUCAACCUGUGAAAGUGUCAAGCAUGCUGGGAUCUGUGUGGGUGUCACCUUCUGCACAGGGAUCCGAGGUACCCGCAGUCUGUUCUGGUUUAACACAGGUGAAGCACUGUGCUGUCUAGGAAUGCCUAAUGUGACCCCUGGGCAGGUGGCUUCAGUACUGGACCUGGUACCCAAGUGGCAUUGGACCACUGUUAGGGAAAAGCACCAGUCAUUUGACCUGUAUAACUUGCACAUAGUUUUAAAAGAAAUUUAAAAAUAUUUUAUUAAAAAAAAAAAAACAACAAACACACACCCACAACUCGGAUGCCAUCGUGAUGGCUUGUAUUCCUGUAAACAUCCCCAGCCUUGCAAGUCGUUCACCUCUUCAAGGAUUUGGACAUGAAGCUAGAGCACAGCCGUGAAGUGUUUGUGUGAAGUCUUGUGCUUUAUCUUUCACUAAAAAGAGAAGUGUUGGCUGCAGACAUUGGAGCUGUUGUGUUGACAUCCCCAAAAGGGGCUGGGUGAAGGAAGGAGAUGAUGACUGGGGUGUGUUGAAGGCCUUAAAACUGUGGCUCUUGGUAUGAAGAAUGGAAAUGAAAAUUGACCUUGAAGAAUGCGAUGGAUGAAAUAAUACUCUGUGCUCUUAGUUAAGCAACAUGUACUGCUGUUUUCUUGGGAGGGGGGGAGACAUUCAACUCGUUUUGUGUUUGACCCUGGCUAGCAGCUAUUUAAGGAGCAGAAGAGGUGUCUGCAUGUGAAGGCCAAAAAUAGUGCCCCAUGUUUCUAUGUAGCAAGCAUCGUAACUUGUUCCUGGGCCACUGAAAGCCAGAGAAUUAUUGGGAGGGUCAGGGACUUCAGAAGCAGUGGCAGCUAGCAAAUCCAUUUCCUAAACAGUAGGUGAACAGGUCUUACUUGAAUAUGCCAUGGGUUGGUGCCAUUCCAAAAAUACCUAUGGCAAAAGGAAACGUGCACCACACCAUCUGACUGCUGUAAAGUGCUGCUUUUUCUUUUUCUUUCCAAAUCUUUCCAAAUCUCAUCCUGUUCAGACAGUAUUUCUGCUACCCCCUAAUGGUAUAUUAAGCAAAAUGCGUCUCCGCCCUUCCAAUAUUAUUAACUUCAGACCAGUUUGAGAGAGAUCAGAGGAACGCUGGAGCCUGAGGCUUUAGGCUAGCAGCCACAAAGCCAAUGGUGGCCCAUAUUUCCACAGGCCCUGGGCAGAAUUGCCAUGUCACACCACUUCAUCUUAAAUUGCACUGUAUUCUUAUGCCUCUGUGUUGCUAUAAUAUGUACAUAUAUAUUGGAUUUUUUUGUAGAUAAGACAUUUUAGAUAAAAUUUUUAAAUGGGCUUCCCCCAAAAUAUUUUAUGCCAGAUGUCUAAUUUUUUUUACACUUGGGAUUAACAUGAAGUUGGAUGCUCUGUGGGCAGGGAAAAGAUAAAUGGAUGAUACAUUGGCUUUAAAAAGGUAACAAUGCAUGUUUAAAAAAAAAAAGAAAGAAAAACCAAAACAAAACCAAA